CCAAUGGCGUAAAUACAAAUCGAGAAACUUCAAAACUUGUUUGUCACUAAGUGUUAAAAUGGUUGAUACAAAUAAUAUAUUUGGUUUUGAACUUUUCCAAGAAAUAUACAAUAAACAAAUUACAAAAAAGGAGGAUUUAUUAAUUCUGUUCAUUCAUUGGUAUCUUAUAAAACAGGGAUUUAGAUGCAUUGGAAUCGGCGAUUCUAAAGUAUUUGAACCAUCAGAAAAAGGAUCACAAUUACUUCCAGAAGGAUGGAACAUGCAACCAAGUUAUACAUUACGUUACAUAAAUAAUGGAAAAUUAUUCAUAUUCCAUGGUAUAAAAUCUGAUGAAGAUCUACUUGUAAAUUUAUUGAAAAUUCAUGAUCAAAAAGUAUCUAGCAUUCAGUUUCCAAUUAAUCAAACUAUAAAUGAUCUCCAUGGAACAUUGGAAGUUGUAAUACCUUCAUAUCAAAAUAUUAUAAAUAUAAUUCAAACAGAUAUUAUAGAUACAUUAAUUCCUAGUAAUACAACAGAAAAUUCUACUCAAACAAUAUAUAAUACACCUGAAGAUGAUUCAUUAAGGGGUGAUCCAUUAAGGGUAUUGCCACAAUCUUCAUUUGCAUCAUCACAAUGGCGUCCUGCAGUUGAUCCUACAAAUGUAGGAGCCGCAGAUUUAAAUCCAUUAGGACGCGGCGGUGGUAUGAUUUUUGAUCCAUUUUCACCGCAACGUAAUCGUAUAGAUCCAUAUAGACCAGCUUUAGGAGUUCCUGGCAGAUUACCAUCUGGCGCGGUUCCGCCGUUUGCAAGAUUCGAUCCUUUUGGUCCACCAGAUCUUGAUCCACCAAGACCACGACGUGAUCCAGAUAAUGAUCAUUUACCUCCUCCAGGAUACAAUGAUAUGUUUAUGUAAAAUGAACAAAAUGUAACGAAAAAUAUA